ACAGUGUACUAUUGAAUUGUAUGUUUAGGAGUGUAAGAAGAAAAACAAAGGGGAGUGAGGAAUGGAAAGAGUGACAGAACAACCAAAAUUGGACUAUGAAGCUCUCAGAAAGGCUCGCAUGUUAGAGAAUCAGGCUAAGUUGGAGUCUCUAGGUGUUGGAAAAACUGUUUCUCAACUCCGACAACAAGUCAAGGAACAACAACCACAUCGUCCUUACCAAAAGAAAGCAUACGGUCUCACUCCUUUGCGCCGCUCCCUGCGAAUAAGUAACAACCUUAGAAUAAGUAACAACCUUAGAAUAAGUAACAACCUUAGAAUCAGUAAAAACCUUAAGCCACCAGAAUGUAAUCCUUCCAGAAUCAUUUCCACACCAUCCACACCCCUUUCAACACCUUCCAAAAUCAUUUCCACACCAUCCACACCCCUUUCAACACCAAAACAAGAUAAGAUAACUUUUUCUGGAGAGAAAGAAGAGAAACAGAGACCUGCCAAUGCUCCUCUGGUGAACCUAAGCGAUGCUGAUCUUCUGCUUUCAUCAGAGCAUUCGGCUAGAAGGUGUAACAGCAAGGGCAGAGGUAGUAUCUACAAUCCAGUUUUGGGAAUAUGCUGUCAUUUUUGCAGGCAAAAGAAAUUGUGUGGUGAAGAAGACUGCAAGAGAUGUGGCAAUUUUGAUGUGAAUGAACCAUGCUUGGGAAAGACUGAUUGUUCUGUCUGUCACUCUAGCACUGGUGUUUUUUGUAGAGCCUGUCUCAAGGUUCGAUAUGGAGAAGAAAUUGAGGAAGUGAGAGAAAACAAGGGAUGGAUGUGUCCACAUUGCAUAGAAGAACAAGGAACUAAGCCUUACUGGAUAUGUAACAGUUCAAUAUGUCUGAGGAAACGAAAGAUGCCUCCAACUGGAAUAGCAGUAUUUAAAGCUCGUCAAAUGGGGUACAAUUCAGUGGCACAUCUACUAAUGGAAGAACUUAGACUUGGAAAAUGCAAGUGAUCACUUAUUGUAUUCAACAGUUGGUAGAUCUUAAUUUAUUUAGACUUCAAUUGUCACUCUGUUUCUUUUGUAACA